AUGAAGAUCACAAAGACGCCCAGGCGCCUCGCACCCGCCGCGCCCGAGGUCACCACCCUCCUCGCCCGCAUCUCGGCCGCCGCAGACGACGAGCUGCCCGCCAUCCUCGACAGCAUAUCCGAGUGGUGCUGGCCCCGCGGCGACCUCUACUACUGGACACAGAUCCUCAACCGCUUCGACGACAUCCUCCAAGACACCUGCCGCGACUACGAGCUCGCCAAGCUCCAGACAAACGACUUCACCCCGCUCCGCAAAAAGCUCCUCGUCUCCAUCCUCCGGUUCAGCCGCCUCCUCAUCGAGAACUGCACCAACCGCAAGCUCUACAACUCGUACGAGCACCUCAACGACCUGCUGCUGGCACGCGACCUCGACGUGCUCGAGGAGACGCUGCGGCUGGUGCUGCGGCCGGCGCAGCAGCACAGCUCCCAGUCGUCGCGCCACGAGUUCCCCAUCUCCAAGGAGCGCCUCACCACCCUCGCCCUCACCUGGACCCCGCGCGACCACGGCCUCAGCCUCGCCGACGUCGCCAACGCCUCCGUUCAGCCCCCCUCAGAGCUCUUCAACGUCCGCUUCCAAUUCUUCAAGCGCAGCGGCCAAGCCGGUGCAGCCGUCGUCCCCACACACAACGACGACGGCGGCGAAAACAGCGGCGCCGGACCCAGCAGCAAUGCCGCUUUCAACACGCCCACCCGUCCGCGAGCGAGGCCGCCGGCCGUGACCAGCCUGUCGGCUGCCGGCGGGCUCAUGGCAACGCCCAGCCCGCACCGAGGUAGCGGCGGCGCCGCGGCGGACAACACCUUCCGCAACGACGCCUCGUCGUCGACGAACCAUGCCGCUCCGCACCAGCGGCGCGAGGGGCUGACGUCGGUCGACCUGGGCAAUGUGCUGCAGCAGGGCCGCGACGCCAUCGACAUCCUCACCGACGCCGUCGAGGCGCACGGCAUCCCGCCCGAGGAGCGCUUCGAGGUGCUGCAGAAGAUCCGGCUGGCCAUGUCGAUGGCCGACCCCGUGGCGCGGCGCCAGAUCCUCGUGUGCCGGAUGCUGGCGAUCGCGUGCUACGCCCACGUCGUCAACGAGGCGACGGCCAACACGCAGCUGUUCCUCUACGAGCCGGACCUGGUGCCGCGGAUCGCCACGCUCGUCGACCCGGCCCAGGGCUGCGAGAUGGCGAUCCAGGCGAGCGCCUUCUACGCCCUCGACAGCCUGGCGCGCUUCCGCGGCAAGGCGACCGAGGUCAUGAACAGCGUCAACGCCUCGGUCAACCACGGCAUCAUCCUCAGCGUGCUGCGCAACCUCGUCGAGGAUCUGGCCACCGACGCGCCGCAGUCGACGGGCCACUACGCCGACGCCCUCUUCAGCUUUGUCGCGCUCAUCGCCUCGACCGGCGCCGGCAGCCACAUGAUUGUCAGCGCCGGCCUCGUCCCCAUCCUCGUCGACCUGAUCAAGGUGCGCAACCCCAACACCUACAUGGUCCAGCGCACCGUCUCGCGCGCCCUCGGCCUGCUCGACAGCGUCGUCUACAGCGUGCCCCACGCCUUUGACCUGUUUGUCGCCGCGCGCGGCCUCGACGCGCUCGUCGACCGCAUCGCCCAGGAGAUUGAGCGCGACGUCGAAGACGCCUCCGAGCACCGCAUGGACGACAGCGUGUUUGGCGAGCCGGGCCCGGACAACCUCUACGGCCGCCUCGCCUUUGGGCGCGCCUCGAUGCUGCGCAACAUGUUUAAGUCGAUCUCGCAGAUGAUGACGUCGACCGGCACGGGCGAGGGCCUGCGCAACCUCAUCGACGGCUCGCUGCCGGCCUCGCUCAAGAAAAUCAUCGACCACCGCACCAUCUUUGGCCCGCAGAUCCUCGCGCUCGCCAUCAACAUCAUGGCCACGUUUGUCCACAACGAGCCCACGUCGCUCGCCGCCAUCCAGGAGUGCAAGCUGCCCGAGUCCUUCUACUCGGCCAUCGAGGACGACAUCGAGGCCAACUACGACGUCAUCGGCUCCAUCCCGCACGCCGUCGGCGCCCUCUGCCUCAACCAGGCCGGCCUCGACCUGUUCAACUCGCGCUCCGUCAUCCCCAAGCUCUUCGGCCUCUUCACCUCGGAGCGCCACAGCCGCGUCUUUCAGGACCGCGACAACGCGAGCAUGUUUGGCUCCUCGAUCGACGAGCUGAUGCGCCACCAGCCCAGCCUCAAGGACAGCGUCAUGGAGGCCAUCAUGAAGUGCCUCGACCAGAUCGAGGCCUCGGCCGAGUCGUUUGUCGUGCCCGACGAGCCCGCCCGCCGCUCCCAGUAUGGCCUGCUCGUGGUGCCGCCAUCGCCAACACCGCCGUCGCAGCAGGGUGCCGAAGGCGGGACUGGGGCCGCCAUCGACACCGACGCCGAUGCCGACACGGGUGCCGGUGCCGGUGCAGCCUCGAGCGCAGCCUCGGAGCGGCACAUCGGGCGUUCGGUCGCGCUGGCCGACGUCAUCACCGAAGAGGCGACGCCGUGGCGAAAGGACGAGGAGAGCGUCGAAAAGAACCCGGUCGUCGUCUCGAUCGACGUCACGGCGCGCUUCCUCGAGGGCCUCUUCCAGACGACGUCGCACUGCAAGGACUUCCUCAAGCUCGACGGCCUCGCCAAGAUGCUGCGCUUCUACUCGCUGCCGAGCCUGCCGUACGACUUUGCCGCGUCGAUGGCCGCCGAUUCGCUCGUCACCCUCUUCCGCUACGUCACCGAGAUCAGCCCGAGCACGGUGCUGACGGCGCUCUUCCGCGACGUCAAGCAGUCGCUCGAGGUCGCCGGCCCCAUCUGGGGCGCCUUCCACCAGGGUGGCGACGCGUCGAGCGAGCCCAGGCUGCUGUCGCUCGCUCGGCCCGGCUCCGACGCCGAGGCCGAGGCGGCCAACGCCACGUUCCGCCAGCUGGUCAGCCUCAGCUCGCGCACCCACCUCCUCAGCGACAUCUGCCAGACGUUUGCCUACGCCGGGCAGAAGAUGCCGACCACCUACCUCCAGACGCUGCUCGCCAGCGAGUUUUCGGGCACCGUCAGCAUCGCCGAGCUCGGCCGCCUUCACCGCGGCUGCGCGUGGGAAAACAUGCUGCUCAAGGCCGCGCUGCCAGCGCCGCCCAAGCCCAGCAGCGACAAGGAUCAGGCCAAGGACAAGGGCGGCGACGGCGUGGCCCCGUCGUCUUCGUCGUCCUCGCUGGCCGACGCUGGCCGCAGUGCCUCGGCGGCGGCGGCGACACCCCACGCGGGCCGGUCCCCGCCCGAUCUGCUCCCACGGACGGACGUCGCCGGCACCGUCGAGCAGCCCGCGGCCGACGCCGCCUCAACGACGACGGCAGCAGCGGCCGAGACCGGCGCCGAUGCCCGCAACGCCGCUGCGCUCCGCUACGUGUCGUCGCAGACGCUCUCGUCGCUCACGUCCUUCUUCCAGGAGACGAUCCGGCUGCUGGCGCCGAGGCGCAACGUGGAUGCGGCGCACAAGAAGGCGGCGUUCCAGGCUGCCGGCGAGAUUGCCCGCGUGCUCCAGCAGCACCUGCAGUGGCGGCCGUCGGACAACCUCACCAACAGCUUCGCCUUUGCCACCAUGAUGAUCUGCCAGGCCAACUGCUUCCUUUUCGACGACCGCACCAACCCGGGCACCGUCCUCACCGCCGUCCUGCGCCCCUUUGACAAGGCCGGCGGGCUCGACGCGCUGCUCGGCCUCUAUCGGCGCUACACCGACGAGAUCGACCUGCACUACAACGCCAAGGGAGAGGAGAAGCCGGCCUCGGACAUCGAGGCCGGGCUCAAGCUCGGCCACACCUGCGGCGGCCUCAAGGUGCUGCUCGGCCUCUUUCACCGCCUCGUCACGGCCAAGGGCCUCACCGAGUCGGCCCAGACCAACCAGCUGAUCAAGGAGGGCGGCCUGGACCAGUUUGAGCCGCACGCCUACCUCGUCCGGCUGCGCUUGGCGGUGCUGCCGGCGAUCCGCGCAACCUGGGACAAGCCCUGGCUGCCCUCGCUGCCGGCGUCGGUCAACCGCUUGGUGCUGCAGAACAUCCUCACCAUCCUCCGCGCCCAGUCCGAGGCCGUGCCGGCCAUCAAGAAGCCGCUCACCGCGGGCGGUCUCGGCGCCGCGCAGCCCUCGUCUUUGGCCGCGCCCGCCUCGCAGGCCGCCGCCGACGACGGCGACACGCCCAUGAAGGAUGCUGACGCGGAUGCCGAGGCCGAGGCGGAGCGCAAGGAGCACGAAAAGGCCAAGGCGAGCCUCGACCAGCAGCGCAGCGAGGUCAAGAGCACCCUCGUCCGACGCGCCCUCGAGCUGGCCGAUGUCCACGACUCGCUCGUCUUCGAGGUCCGCAACGCGUUUUCGGUCGCCACCACCGAGGCCGACCAGAUCAACGUUGCCCUCGUCGACCUGCACUCGGUGCUGAGCCAGCCGACCGACAACGCCUUUGAGACCGGCGAAAAGGGGAUCGCGCUGCGCCUCCAGCUGCUUGCGCUCCUCCUCCACGACGAUGACGUUCUCAAGAACGUCGCGUCCGCGACCAAGCGCGACUUUGUCGAGCUGCUGGUGGAGCUGGCGAUGCUGUACAUCUCGAAGCCCGCGGCAGCAGCGACCGCGACCGCGACCACCGCCACCACCCCUACCCCCGCGCCUGCCGACGGCGACCGGCCGGUGCCCCGAGACCUCGAGGGCGGCAGUUCCGCGGCCAGCAGCAAGUGGCUCGCGCCUCUGAUGCUCGUCGCCACCUCGCUCCUCGGCGCCGACGAGGAAACGGUCGCGAUCUCCGACGACAUCAGCGAACCGAGCGAGCCCGAGUCGGUCGAGUCCGACGUCAAGCACAGCCUGCCGCCGGCGCAGGCUCCGUUCGCGCUCGCGGAGGAAGCCGCCACCCUGUUCGACUUCCUCUGCACCGUGCUCGAACGGGCCUCGGACCUGACGCGCGAAGACCUGCUGGCCGCCUACCGGCUGCUCAUGGUCCUCACCCGCCGGCGCUCGAUCUCGUCGAGCUUUGUCCGCCGAGGCGGCAUCCAGCUCCUGCUGCGCCCCUUCCACACGAUCCGGCCGAGGGAUGUUUCUGGAUGCCAGGUGCUGGCCAUGAUGACGCUGCGACACGUCGUCGAGGACCUCGGCACUCUUUCGCUGGCCGUCGAGCACGAGCUCAAGAGCCUGUUUGCCCAGACAAAGGGGCAGCGGAUCGACACGACCUCGCUGCUGCGCCAGCUCGACUACGCGGCGCUGCGUGAUCCGGACGUGUUCAUGCAGGUGGCUGCCGCCAAGCUCGAGAUGGUCGACCACACGCCGACCAAGAAGCUGGGCUACGUGCGCCUCGUCGAGGAUGCCAAGCCGGCCAUGGACUCGAGCAGCUCGUCGCCCUCGGACCUGGCCGCCAACGGGCAGGCCAGCCUCGCCAGCCUCCGCCUCGGCGACGAUCCGAUGGACGCCGGGCCCGCAUCGCCCACCAAGGAGGCAGGCCCCUCGACCGAGGCGGCCAAGGCCGAAGAUGCGGCCGCACCUGGCAGCAAGCAGCAGGCGGACCCCGCCGCCCGCGCACCGCCGCCGACAAAUGCACCUUCGGAGGAGCUCGACAUGCUGAUGCAGCACCUGCUGUCGGAGCUGCUGCGCUACGGCCGCGAGGGUCUCGUCACGGCCAAGAAGGCGACUGCAGCAUCGCCCAACCAGCCCGCCACCGCCCAGGGCACCAACGCCACCGCCACCGCGUUGGCGACGGCGAAUUCGUCGAGCGAUGCCGAGGCCACUGGAGCUCCGACAACGGCGGCCGAUGCCUCUGCAGACUCGUCUCCUCAGGAGCCCAAGGAGCCCGUCGAGACCGACGAGCAGAAGCGCGCGGACUCAACCUACUUCUACACGUGCUUCCUGAUGCAGUGCCUCACCGAGAUGCUCUCGUCGUACAGCUCUUGCAAGUCGUCGUUCGUCAACUUUAGCCGCAAGCGCCUCUUUGCCUCGAGCGGGGGCGGCAUUACCGUCCCGGCCACACCGGGCGCAAAGGAUACGGCGACGACGGCGGCGGGCGCGAGCGCGAGCGCGGCUGCAGCUGCGCUGCCCUUCCGGUCCAAGGCCAACGUGCUCGGCUUCUUCCUGACCGAGAUGGUGCCCGCCGGCUUCCUACAGUCGUACGAGUCGGGCGAGCUGCGCAAGCGGAUGGCGCAGUCAAACUGGGCCAUGUCGGUGAUUGUGGCGCUGACGGCCGACGUCACGAUCCACGCCGAUCUGCGCGACGUCCCGGCCGAGCUGGUCAAUGUGCGCCGCAUUGUCCUCGACGCCAUCGCCAAGGCCAUCAAGGACGCUUCGGCGUCGUCGGAGCCCAUCGAGGUGCGCUACGGCCGCCUGUUUGCGCUGAGCGAGCUGUGCCACCGGCUGCUCAUCGCCCGGCCCAACAUCACCUCGGGCAAGCAGACCGAGGACCUCACCCUGCACAUGGCCAAGACGAUGCUCGAGAAGAACUUUGUCACGGUGCUGACCGGCGCGCUGGCCGACGUCGACCUCAACCUGCCCACGGUCAAGUCGCUGCUCGACACCAUCCUGCGCCCGCUCGAGCACCUGACCAAGGUGGCCAUCAAGAUGGGCAAGGCAAAGGACCGCGAGGGCAAGGCGGCCGUCUCGGACGACUCCGACGCCGACACCUUUGCCUCGUCCGACUACUCGAUGGACGAGGACGAGGAUGACGACGACGACGACGACGACGACCAGGACGCGCCCGGACGCGAGGAGACGCCCGACUUUUACCGCAACUCGAGUCUCGGCAUGCACACCGGCGAGAUGGAGACGGGCUACGACGACGACGACAUGUCCGACGACGACGACGACGACAUGGAGGACGACGAGGACAUCGACAUGGAGGAGUUCGACAGCGAGUCGGGCAGCGAGACGAGCAGCGAGAGCGACGAGGAAGACGACGAUCCUCGCGUGGUCGAGAUGAUGGACGACGACGACGACGACAGCGACAUGAGCGACGGCACCGGCUCCGACAUCGAGGGCAUGGACAUGCCGGAGGACGGCGACGAAGAGGGCUGGACGGACGAGGACGAGGAGGAUGACGAGGCGCUUGGCGAGAUGGACGGCGCCCUCGACUUUGUCUUUGACGACGGCGAAGGCGACCUGCCCGAGGUUGCCGAGGCGUUUGAAGACGAAAUCGACGGCGGCGGAAUGAUUGGCGAUGCCGAAAUGGGCGGCGACGAGAUCAUCGACAUCGACGACGACGAGGACGACGAAGACGCCCUCGACGGCCACUCGAUCGAGGACUACGGCGACGGCGGGCUGCGCGAGCUCGAGCUGGCCGAGGACUACGCCGCCUACCCGCAGGCCGACGACCGCUUCGGAGCCAACUGGAACUGGACCGCCAUCCCUGCCGAUCCCCGGUCUGGCCGCGGCGCGGGAGGCGGCGGCGGCAGCGGUCUCCGCUCCCACCCAGCACUGCCGCCCAACUUUUUCCUGCCGACGGCCAUGGACAACUUUGCCCAGGCCUCUGGCCGUCGACCUCGCGUCAUGGACCUCGAGGCCAGCUUGCUUGGCCCUCGGCGGAUGGCACCGCCCUCGGACGACGUCGCGAGCCACCCGCUCCUCUCCAACACCCGCAUGCGCAUCGACGGGCUGGACAUCGGCCGCGGCAUGCCGGGCGGCCACCACCACCCUCCCCACCUCCACGGCGCGCACCGAUCUGGCGCCGCGGCUUCCGGCUCUGCGGCCAACCGCAGCGGCAGGCGGGCUGCCGAGGCGCAGCGCAACGAUCCCGUGGCCGCGGUGCAGGCCUUCACGCCCCAGCCCACAUCGACGCGCUGGAGCGAGGAGAUGCGCAUCGUCCACUCGACGACGGCCGUCGCCAGCGAAAAGGCGGGCCGGCUGCGCGCCCACCUGAUCCGGGCGCUCAUGCCCGGCCUGGCUCGCAAGCGCGAGGCGGACCGCAAGCAGCGCGCCGAGACCGAGGCCGAGCUCAAAAAGGCGCAAGAGGCCAAGGAAAAGAUCCAGAAGGAGCUCGAGGCGACGCGAAACCGUCUGCGCGAAGAGGAGGAGCGCGCCAGGCAGGAGCAGGCGCAGGCCGAAGCCGAGGCCUCUGCCGCGGCCCGAGCCGAGGAGGAGCGCCAGCGAGAGCACGAGCAGCAGCAGCAGCAGCAGCAGCAGGCGGCUGAAGCAGCUCCGGCGGCCACGCCCGCCGAAGGCGCCGAUGUCGAGAUGGCCGAUGCCGAUGCCGAUGCCGCACCGGCUGCCAGCGGCGAGGCGGAUGCUGCGCCUGCGCCUGCGCAGCAGAGAGUGACCACGCGGAUCAAUGGCGAGGAGAUCGACAUCACCGACACUGGCAUCGACCCGACGUUCCUCGAGGCGCUUCCGGACGACAUGCGCGAGGAGGUGCUCAAUCAGCACUUCCGCGAGCGCCGCGCCGCCGAGGCCACCAGCAACCUGGCGCAGCCCUCCAACAUUGCGCCCGAGUUCCUCGACGCGCUGCCGCCGGAGAUCCGCGCCGAAGUCAUUCAGCAGGAGGCGCUCGAGAGCAGCCGGAGGCGCAUGCGCGAGCGCGCCGAGCAGGAGCGGGAGCGGGAAGGCGAUCCCGGCAACCGCGACCAGGGCGCUGUCGGCCAAGCCCGAGGCCCGGUCGAUAUCGACCCUGCCGAUUUCCUGGCCAGCCUCAACCCGGACCUGCGAAACCAAGUGCUGCUCGAGCAGGACGACUCGUUCCUCGGCAGCCUCCCCGCAAACAUCCUGGCCGAGGUCGAGAACCUCCGCCGCCAGCAUCGCCACUUUGACGACAACGGCGACGACGUCCCGCCCCCCGGCCGUGCCCGCCGCCCUGCCGGCGCGGUCGGUGACGGGGCUCGGCGAGAAGGAGCCGCGGCCGAAGGCGGUCACGGCGUAGCGGGCAAGCCUCCGGCCGUUGCCAGGGACGCCAUCCAGCUGCUCGACAAGCCGGGCCUGGCCACCUUGGUCCGCCUGCUCUUCUUCCCGCAGAUGAACGGCAAGCAGACGGGCCUAUACAAGGUGCUUGCCAACCUCUCGGAAAACUCCAAGACGCGCGCCGAGCUGCUCAACCUGCUGCUGAUGGUGCUUUCCGACGGCACCGCCGACGCCAACGCCGUCGACAAGACGUUUGUCUCGAUGAGCCACCGUGCGAGCAAGAUCCACGCGACGCCCGCGCGGCCGACGCCGAAGCGCUUCAACUCGGGGCCCGCCAGCAGCGGCGCAAAUGCUGGCCCGGCCGCUGGCGAGGCCGCGAGUGGCAGCGCCACAGCGUCGGCUCCAUCAGCAGCAGCUGCGGCACCGGCAUCGACACCGGCAGGUGCAGCAGCAGGAGAGGGCAGCUCGGCAGCAACGGCUGCCACGGUCCCGAGUGGCGGCGAGGCGGCCCUCGACGGCAAGGGCCAGCAAGAUGGUGCCCUCACCACGCCACCGUCGAUCCCCGCGGACCGCCUGGCGGCCGUCGUCAAGCCGCUGGCCACGGCCGUGUCGAGCAAGGGCUUCCAGCACACACUGGCCGUCGCGUCGCACCUGUCGACGAUUGAGGGUGCGCGCGACGUCAUCAGCGAUGCGCUGCGCCAGCAGGCCGAUGCUGCGUCGCGGUCGCUCGUCGUGGACCUGGACAAGCUAAUCGAGACGCUGCCCGAGCCGACGCCCGAGGACGACGACGGCGAGGCGGCCGCCAACGCCGCCGCAGCCGACGGCGGCAACGGCCAGCAGGGCCAGGAUCAGGGCCAGGGAGCGGGUGGCGAUGCGGCCAUGACUUCGAUCUCGGGCCCGACGGCAAUGGACGUGGAGCUGGCCGCGGGAGGCAAUGGCGGCGGCACCAAGAUCCGCUCGUCGGCGCUGACGUCGCUCGCGAGCCCCGCCAGCGCCCAGGCCAUCCUGCUGCGCUGCCUUCGCGCGCUCGACUACAUCAUGACGGGCCGAUGA